CGGCGCUACGACCUCGUCAUCUACGGCGCGACGGGCUUCACGGGCCGCCUCGCGGCGGAGUACAUGGAGUCGCGCUACCGCAAGACGACCGUGACCUGGGCGCUCGCCGGGCGGAACCGCGCGAAGCUCGAAUCGCUCGCCAAGGAGAUCGGCGCCGACGACGUGCCGCUUUUGGUCGCGGAUGCGAACGACGCCGACGCCGUCGCCGCCAUGGUCGGCGACGCCAAGGCCGUCGCGAAUUUCGCGGGCACGCCGUUCCUCACGAAGGCGCUGCCCGUCGUCGAGGCCUGCGGCCGCCUCGGCACGCACUACGUGGACAUCACGGGCGAGACGGCGCUCCACAGGGCGUCGGCGGCGCGCUACGACGCGCUCGCCAAGUCGACGGGCGCGUGCGUCGUCCACAGCUGCGGCUACGACAGCGUGCCGUCCGACCUCGGGUAUUUGCUGGCCAACGACGCCUACCGCCACCUCCACGGCGGCCGCGCGCCGUCGCGCGCGCGCUACGUGAGCCGGUCCUUCUCGGGCGGCGCGUCCGGCGGCAGCAUCUACACGGGCCUGGCGCUCUUUGGCUUCGCGGACGAACUCUUCGACGACGACGCGAGGCGGCUCGUCGCCGAAACCUCGGGCAAGUACCCGCUCAGCGACGUCUGCGGGCCGGACGCGACCGACACGGUGUCGUUCCCCGAGUGGGACUGGCUCGCCGACGCCUGGGCGAUGCCGUUCAUCAUGGCGGGCGCGAACGCGCCCGUCGUCCGCAAGAGCCAGGAGAUCUACGGCGACUACGUGCCCUACGACGAGGUCGAGGCCUACGCCGGCUCGCGCGUCGGCGCCUACGCGUCCUACGCGGCGACCGUGGGGAGUCUGCUCGCGGUCCUCUUCCCGCCGACGCGGGCGCUCCUCAAGCGCUACGUGCUGCCCAAGCCCGGCGAGGGGCCGGACCGCGCGACGCGCGACGGCGGCGGCUUCCACUCGGAGGUCAUCUGCUCCGGCGUCGAGGGCGCCGUGAGCGCCCACGUCAAGAGCGGCACGGCGGGCGACGGCGGCUACAAGGCGACGGCGCACAUGGCCGUCGAGGCCGCGCUCGGCCUGGCCCUCGGCGACGGCGGCUGCGAGGACGGCGGCGUGCUGACGCCCGCGACGGCGCUCGGCUACGUCCUCGUGGAGCGCCUCCGGGCCACGGGCAUGGACCUCUACAUC